AUGGCUACUAUUACGGCACCUUUACCCUACUCGUACCAGGCCCUCCCGGCCAGGCGUUGGUUUCGAGUCCUCAACCUGCAUCCCGGGUCACUAGAUAGUCCAAUAUCGUGCGAGCUCGUCAGCACCCCGCUCAUCAGUGCUCCGACAUACAAAGCCUUGUCGUACCGUACCAUUCAAGUGACCCGUAGUCUUCACGAAGCUCUGCGACAUCUACGCCAUGCCAACGAACCCAUCACGAUUUGGGCUGAUGCCAUCUGCAUCAACCAGUCCGAUAUGUCGGAAAAGGGACACCAGGUCGAUAUGAUGGGAGAUAUUUACGAGAGAGCCGGCGAGGUUUUAGUAUGGUUCGGAAAUGAGCAUGCCGACCGUGCUGCGCUUGCCUUUCGGUCCCUGGAGGCAAUCAAUACGAAGAUUACCACGGGGACCGAUCGAGAAUCGUUCAACCCCGAUCGGCCCAACCCGGCACUUGAAUAUGUGGAGCCCCGUUUAGCGUCUGCCGCAGUGUUAGUCACAGCCACCCGGUCGACCCUACCCUCCAUCAUCACGGAGGAUUGCAAGGCGGCCAUCACUCGCUUGUACACCAUGCCGUGGUUCACGCGCGUGUGGGUCCUCCAGGAAGUCGGGUUGGCUGCCCGGGCCACGGCAUUCUGGGGAGACGAAAGCAUAGAGUUCAGUCACAUUGCCGAGUUUAUUCAGCAUGCCCGUAUUCACAGUGAUCUGCGUGGCAAUCUGGGACAGGAGAUACUUGGCCUACUCGCUGGCCCUCCCGACCAUGCGCUGUGGAAUGUCUGGUCGACCUAUGAUCGUCAGGGUUCUUGGUUGCUCCGGACGCCGGCUCUCAGAGAGUUUUCCGAGGCUCUAGCGAGUCAGACCAAGAUCGACUUUGUCCUCGUCUUGGAAGCGUCGAGGUUGUUUGGUGCGACAAAUGAUUUGGACCACGUUUACGCGUUUCUUGGCCACCCCAAAGCUAAACUCGCUGGACGCAACGAGCCCUUGGUCCAGGCUAACUACUCCAUAGGAGUCGACGAGCUUCAUCUACUCGUUGCCUCGAGAUUAGCUUUGGAGUCCUUCAACUUUCUCGCCCAAGUCCAAGUAACUGCGGACAGUCUCCUACCAGGAGUCACCGCCUCUCUUAUUGAUUCCGUAGCGGAGCAAACUGAAAUCAUGUCUCCCAAGGACUUUGAAGAAGGACAGCCUGGGCCAGGAAUCUCGUCGCAACCUGCUGGGACCUGGCAACGAAAGGAAACCAGCCGCCAUGCCAUGGUCCCCGAAGCUACGAGACGUUUGCCGCCACACUGGCGUGCCACUACAGAAACCGCAGCACCCCAGCCGAGGCAGAAGCGGAACUUCUCGUCGAGCAGUUUGUCUGGUUCUGCGCCGUCGCCAAUCAAACUUCCACAACGUGUCGUCGCAGAGAGGGGAUGGGCGGCACGCGAAUCGCGUUGUUCGUUCCUCCGGAUCGGCUUUGACGCUCCUCCACGUGACAACGAAAAUGGUGACAUCGAUGUCGAUAAUGACGAGCACAACGGGUGCUUCCACAAAAUUCGCGUGUUUGAGAGGCGCGAAACGCCCGGUGGAACAUGUACAAAUGUGCCGGAUAUUGCCAUGUCGUUCUCCGAUUCCCGGUUCGCCUACGGGCCGUUUGCGCCACAUUGGGUACCGCGCCAGUAUAUCGAGAACUACUUCUCCAUCCAUAAAACCGACUCAUACUUGGUUCUGAAUACUACCGUAGAGAGACACGCGGACGUGUGGUGGGAAGAGGAGUAUGAUGCCGUGGUGUUGGCAAAUGGGCACUAUUCGAUUCCAUACAUUCCCGACGUUGUAGGCUUGGAGGCAUACAUGAAGACGUUCCCGGGCCGUGUAGUCCACUCCAAAACGUAUCGGGAACCCCACAUCUACGCCGACAAGAGAGUACUAAUUAUCGGCAACUCCGCAUCCGGACACGAUCUUUCGACGGACUUGAUUCCGGUAGCCAAUUCACCAGUUUACCACGGGCGAAUUGUUUUUGUCGAUGGCUCGUACCUUGACGAUAUCGAUACCGUCAUCUACUGUACUGGCUACAAGCCCUCCUUUCCAUUUUGGGAUACCAGGGAAAAUGGCCGUCCAAUUUAUGAUUACGGCUUAGGGAAACUUGUUGACGGGUACCUGCACACAUUUUUCCAAGAUCUACCGACUCUUGGUAUCGUUGGGUUCCCUCGAGUUUUGACCUUUCGGAGUUUCGAAUACCAAGCCAUCGCGUUAGCCAGACUAUUUGCCGGCAGGAAUGCCACACCUUUGCCGAGCGUGGACGAGCAAGCAAGGUGGGAGAAGGAGAGGCUGGCCCGCACCCGGCAAGCGAGGAGGAAAUUCCACGAUAUCAGCUGGGAAGAUGGGGAAACGUUUGAAUACCUGGGGGCGCUUUUCAAACUUGCCGGGCUGGGCACAUUGAAGGGCCAGGGAAGGAUACCGCCGGCCCUCGGGGAGGACUUGAUCUGGGCGGUGGAAAACAUUGCUAAAUACCCACUCCACGGACGGAAUGGUGAACGACGUAGCGAAGAGACACAGGCAAUGGAGUCACCUGAAACCUCACCGGGGGAUGAUUGGGUGGUUGUUGAAGGGGAGUAG